CGAUAACAUCCACCCCGGUCAAACGUCACUUUUUGUUGCUCACUUUCCCUUUCAGCUGGCAUCUCCCAUCAAUCCUCCCCUUCUUCCUCGGUCAUUCGAUCAUCUCUGGAUGGCUUGAAUCACACCACGCUCGUUCUCUUCGCGCUGGCUAGACAGCCCCCGAGGUCGACAGCUGCUUGUCAAUCCAGCCCAAUUCCCUUCUGCGCAGCUACCUCGCGCCUGCGACCGCCAAAGGCCGGUGCCCAACUGCCCCUCACCUAUCCUCAAAAUCACGCACUCAGGCUUCCUCUUCCUUCUACGGCUCCCUUGUGUUACGUCUCACCCAUUACACUACAUCAACAUGGACAAAUGCCCCGACGAGGUGCUCAUCAAAGUCUGCGGCUGGUUGGACUUUCAGAGUCUUGCCAAUGUGCGACUGGUCAACAAGCGGUUGGCCGAGGUCGGAGCCGAGGCGUUGGUAAAGAGAGUGCGCUUUCACUGCACCCAGGACUCCCUUAAGCGUCUGCAUGCCAUUGCUCAGCACGAUGUUUUCUGCAAAUAUGUCGAUACCAUCGUCUUCGAAGGCAAUCUCCUAGCCAGCGUCCCCUGCAUCCAUACCUACCAAACCCACUACGAGAUGGACCAUCACCAGAACGAGAGACCACGACUACCUCCCAAACAUGCUACGCCCCGCGAGCGGCGACUCUACGAGCGAAACGUGGCCAAGUUCAAGCGCGAGCUUAAGGAAAAGUAUGAUCGAUAUCUGGACCUCUAUGACAAGCAACAGAAAGUCCUCAAGUCCCCCGCCUAUGCCGACUUCAUUUCGUCCAGCAUGCCCUGUUUUCCAAGACUCAACAAGCUUGUCCUUUCUACUGUUGGCCGCUGCAAACAUGUUCUCUCUGGAAGGUUCCUCGAGUCGUUUACUGCCGACUGUGCUAUGCCGAUCGAACACGAUACUAGCUUUACCAAAGACCAGCUGAAACACCUGCUCUUCCCACAAGGCCGACCUCUCACCCAACUCGGCACAUUGGAAGUCCAUGUCAUGAGCCCCAAAUUCUUCACUGGUUUCGUGCCGGCUGAUCUGAUCCGUCGUGCCUUCCAGAACCUUAAAGUCAUUGACCUGAACUUCCGUCUGGAGAAAGAUGAUAGGAUCGGCUUGGACAUUAUGACUGCGGACCGCUGCUAUGCAGACCUUGCCAAAGGAUGUCUGCGAGAUGCACUCACCGCCGCGCGUGAUUUGGAACAACUCACGAUCAACUUUGAUGACUACGGCUACUAUGGAGCGGUUACCAGCCUGGAAAACAUUCUCGGUUCAAAUGCUUGGCCGCGCCUCAAUAUGUUGAAUCUGGAUUGCAUGUCAACUACAGAGGACUAUUUCCUGGGCAUGCUUAAACGUCAAUCAUCUUUGCGUGAUCUGCGACUGGGUUUCAUGACCCUCGAGCAAGGUCGGUGGCCAAGUGCCACGACGCGAAUGCGAAAGGACCUGGACUUGAUCAACUUCAUGGCAAGUGGUAUUCUCGAGGACCCGGAUGAAAUGUUCCCGAUGCAUCUUCUUGAUACCGAAGCCUACGUGGAGGAUCACCACCACUUCACAUUAGGCGACGCUCUCGGGCUCUACGUCGCCGAUGAAUUUGGUAUCCACGAGGAGGAAGGUUACCACCCAUUGCUCGAUGACGAUUUCACCGACGAAGAAACCUUACGGGAGGAAUACGGACCAUUCGCGGAUGACGACGACUUUUCGGACAUGGACUGCAGUGACUAGGCGAGACAAGCAGCCCUCUUCUUCUUGACCCAUGUUCAUGUAUGAUUACGAGCUUACGACCUUUUCGCAACUACCUGUACAGCACUCAGAACUGCAUUUUACGAGAGACAGUCAACCGCAGAUACCCCCGUGAGCUUCCUUGUCCAAUCAUUUUCCGGUUUCGAAAGACUUUUACUCUGCAGGCUAGAGGCCACACCUUUUAUCCAUAUGGUUUGAAACUAAGGGAGCAGAUUGUGGCUUUGUGAGAGGACGGGUCAAAAUGGUGUCGACAUGGCUAUUCCUUAUGUAUCCAUGCCUAGAUCAGUCCGGGAAGCCACCGUGGCGUUUCAAGUCCUCAGAAGAACUUGAACAGAUUUGUGAUUAGAACAGCAUACUCUGUAUGUACAAACUUAUUUUCCAACCAGGGGUCAAGCCUCGUGCAUUCUGCGACC